GGACAUAACAACAACAACUAUUUAAGUAAUGCAGACUGCUAUAAUCUACAAGAAAAAUGUUGGACACAGUGUAAUCCUAUGCCAACAGCUAAUGCUUUAAUGGGCAUUACAAGUAGAGGAAAUUAUAUACAUUUAUUAGGCGGUUGUGCAAAAUCCAAAGGUGCUUACAAAAUGAAGUUAAAUGAUUCAAAAUGGGAUACGCUACCUGACAUGAUCAACGCAAAAGUGUUUGCAAAUGCCGUGACUAUUGGAAACGAUUUAUUUGUUGUUGGAAAAAAUACAAACUGGUGUUUAAAAAAAAAUGAAGAAAGACCUGACGGAGUCUUUUGUGAAAGAUAUAUUGCUGAAAAAAACACAUGGCAAGAGAUUGAGUCAUCAAAUACACUAAGCGACUAUGAUCAUAUAAUUUGUCUUAAUGAUGCGAGAUUGAAAACAUUUAAUAUUAACAUAUCAUAAAAAUGUAAAUAUAAUAUACUAUGAAAUUAGAAAACAAAUUUUUUUAAAAAAAUUAAUCAAAAUUGAUUAAUACU